ACGGACUUCUCUUUCAUACAGAACGUGUGGUCAUCCAUUACCUCCAGGACGGCGACGAAAAUGAAUGAUAGCAGCGGCCCGGCGAUUACCUCGACGGUACUGCUGAAACUCAAACCGUUUCACAAAGCAACUAGGUAUCCACUCAUCUUCUUUCUAUUUGCUAUUGUGUUUUGUUUCACUUUUGGGACAUUAAGGGGUUCCUUUAGUUCAAAUGAUGCAUUGGAGGGUCUAAAAACUCUUCGUGGAAACAAUCUUAUACAUUUGGAUUUAAAGCCUCAGAAUCUCAUCAUUUCCACAGACGGUGACAAUAAUGCCUUGAAGAUUGCCGAUUUCAGCUUUGCCAGGCAGAGCUCUGGAGUGUUGUAGCCAUUCUAUUCCAACUUGUGACUAGAAAAACUCCAUUUACUGGAAAUAAUCAGAUGGAGCUUGGAGAUUAUUCACAUUUUUUGAGAGAUUAGUUUUCAGGAGCAUUCUGAAGCUGACUAGAAAAUGGGCUUCUAUUAAUUUCUCUUUAGCUAUCUAUCUGAAAUCUCUCACUAGCUAAUGUGGUGCCAUUGUUACAAAUGGGCUUGAAGGUACAAUAUCGAUUUCAAAAGUCCCUUAAAUUUUUUUUUUCGUUUGUUUUCUCUUUUUGUUGGCGUCAGAUAUUGAUGAUAUGCGUGGGUGAUCUUUAUUUUUUGUCGUGAUUUGCGGUGGAUACUGUGUAACUUCUGUGUAAAUUGUUGUUGUUUAUGGACAAUGGAAUAAACAUGAGAUUUUUAUUGUUAAAGAAAAGAUCAAUGAAGAACUGUAGAACAUCUAAC